AUGAUUCUAACUGAGAAGACUGUGAACUAUGGAUUUGAUGUUAAGUUGCUUCUUUAUUCAAUGCCUGAAAAAAAAUUAAACCGUGACCGUAAUGUGGGAGUUAAUGGAAAUCCAACUACUGUGAGAAACUCUUCUGGAGUGGCUAGUAAAAUAAAUCCCUUCAGAACUCCACCAUCUAUGUCUUUUCGUCUAGAUAAGCUUGCCAAGGAUGUGGAGCACAUUGGACCAUCUGACCAACCCUUUUUGAGACAACACAAAAAGGCAUUGCUUGAACUUUUAGAUCAAGUUGAAGAAACAAUUGGUGUUGAUAGUGAUAUAGUUUGUGAUAAAACCACUCAUUCCUUUAAAUCACAAGAUGGUAUUGCUAACGAUCUCCCUGUUAGAAUCAACCAUCUAGCUGAAAGUGAAUCACAUAUACCUAAGGAAGUUUUUGGUGAUUUCUCCAACUCUAAUUAUUUGGUUUUGGAGGCAUCUGAAAAUUUGCAACCUGCUGGCUCAUCUGCUGCUAAAGGUCCAUGCAAGGUGCUUCGUCUGCUAAAUAAACAAGCUGGAGAAAAGAAGAGAAUCGUGAGAUUAAAAUGA